AAUACGAACAAUAUUCGAAGAAAACGAAGCGUUGAGAAUACUAAGAAACCAACAUCGAAGCUUAUUAAAGUCUUUCCCAUCCAUUUUAACAGUGCGGAUAUUCAAGAUAUCACAGAACCUUACUCAGAAGAUAUUACCACGACCAAAACAACGCGAAUUCGCAGCUCAACGACAACCUCAAUUUAUGAACCUUUAUUACUCGAAACUAAAAUGAGAACGAGCGCAACGGUUAAUCAAACGAGCGAAGAUGACACCCAAGAUGAAGAAGAUGACCAGAUUAAACACGUUAAUAUACGCGAUGAUAAAACGAAAUUAAUUGCGAAAACCACGGUGGAUGAUGAUGAAAGUAUAGGAGUUGAAGAACAUGUUGUGAAGAAAACAACUAUUUCAGACGAAGAUGACGAUUACCCCACCGAUAAAGACGUCGUAUUAUUAAGAAAAACCGAGUCUAAAACGAACACCCCUGUUAUUUAUCACGUUAAAUUAAACUCAACCCCAAUUCAUCACCACAAAUCUUCUUUGGUGGGGGAAGAAACCGUUACUCCAAAUCAUUGCGUUAUUAACGAAUCGAUUCAACACCAACAUUUAAAAGCAACCGAAUCAACUCAUUUAGAUGUUAGCAUGGUCGAUGAAAAUCCACCUGCACCGAUUUAUAAAACGCUUGAAUCGGAUGGGCCAGAUCGUGAAGAAAACGUUAAACCCCCAUCGAAUAAUUCAACCUUAGAUUAUAAUUUGGUUGCGUUGAGAUCAAAGUUGCUUAAAGAUCAAAAUUUAUGCGCGGAGACCACCUCAAAAAGAUGCCCUUCCCCAACAAGACCAAUAACCGAAGCGAUCGAAGAUGAGAGAGGGGUUCCUUCAGAAUCAGAUGAACUCGAAAUCAAAGUUAAAGGAAUGAAGAGUCAUUUAACAACGGAUGAAGGGGACGAAUUUGGAGAGAUGGACACCAUCACCAUGUAUCAACCCCACACUCUUGCGAAAGAUGAAGAAAGUUUUAGCAUUGAUAAAAGUCCGGUUAAAGAAGUUGCGCAAGAGAAAUCGAUGGAAUCAAAACCAGAAAUGGGGGAAUCAAAAGCUUCUGGCCAAAAAGAAAAGAAUAAAGGAACCGAUACAGAAGAUAUUAUUCCGAAAAUAGAGGCGUUACUCGAGAUAUUUUCGGCAACCCCAAAAUCAACGAUUCCUAACGUUUAUGUGCCAGAAAAUAAUUAUCUAAAUAACACAAAUUUGUACACAAAUAUUUAUGCAAAUAAUGAUGUUUUUACGCAACCAAACAAAAAUCUCUACGAUUUAUGUAACAUCGAUUCAUUAACUUGUAAAAACUUUCAAGCGACUACAUCCGAUUUAUCACCAGGGCUUUUAUACAUGAAGACUAAAUCAAACGAUUACGACGAUGAUUACGACAGGAUUUAUAAAUUUGAUCGCCCCCAUAAAGAUAAAUCAAUGAGGUAUAAAUCAUCUUCAACUACCCCGAGUUUGUACGAAAGAAUGGAAGAAAAUAUUUCGAAGAAAAAAUCCCAUAAAGAUCAUUUCCCGUAUGGUGAAUCUAAAUCAACAGAUUCGGAUUUAAACCAUUACAAAUUAAGCCUUUUUCGUCACAGAGUAAGUACAUCCCCGAAAGAUUUAUUGGAUUUCGAAAACCUUUAUAAAGGUGAAUCAUUAAAUCCUUCUAAAACCGAUAAUAUAUUAAAACGUAAAGCUCUAAAAGAGUUAUCAAAGAAGAUAGCGCAUGAAUUGAGUGAGAAAUAUCGGGGGAAUAACGAAAGAAAAAAGAUGGAUUUAAAUCAAAAUUUAUACAAAUUAAUUCCCCACUACUUUUUCAUUCAAACCACACCAAAUAUCGAGGAAGAAAUCGAAAAGAGAGUGUUUGAAAUGUUAGAAGAACAAGAUAAAUUAUCCCAAGAGAAUCAUUACCCCACCAGAAGAUUUGAAAGUUUCUCCCCAAUUUCUAAUUAUGAAGUUAAUGCGGGAACUUUAUUCGAAGAUAUCCCACAAUUUACCUCUAAUUGGUACAAAAACUUCGAUAAAGAGCCCCUUAAUCACGAUGAUUGGAUUCAACGCUUAAAACCAUACGAUAUAUCCACGAAACCAGUCGCUUUUAAAUUAAUAGACGACGAAGACAUAAAUGUUAAACACCAAAAUGCGCAAUUUGAUAACGAGGGAUUAAGAAGUUCAACUUUGUACCAAUUAUUAGCAGCGAAAAAAGCGUCGAAAUUACGAAAUCAACGCCCGAGAUUAAACGGGAAAAUAAAUCUUCACUCUAAACAAGAAUUUAAUCCUUCAAUAGAAUUAAAAAACACUAACUGUGAUUUACCCACCGUAUUAGUUAAUAAAGAGAAACCAACGAAGUUUUUGUAUUUGGAUAAAUCAACGAAACCAAGUAAUAAAUUCGAAUCGAGUACUCAAAAAUCAACCCGAUUUUUGUGGUCAACGAAACCCCACAACACUUUAACUGGUUCUAGUGUUAAGGAUAAAAUAAGAAAGAAACUCACUGAACCUACUGCACAUAGCAAGAAAAUAGAUACCACAAUUAAAGAAGCAGGUGCACUGAUGACUACAGAGGUAUGGAAGGAUCUUUUGCUUUUGAAAGGAUUGGGAAAGAAAAAACCUCCCGCUAUUACGGAACUUACGGAACCUACGAAACCAACGAAACCAACGAAAUUCACCAAAUUCCCCAAAUUCACCGAACCUAUUUCGACGAAAUUAAUUGACUUUGAACCUUAUCAUACAGAACAUAAUUCUUUAUACAGUAAUUUAAAUAAAGGUUAUACAGACGAUACAACUCCAAUGAAUACGGUAUUAAGCGGAGGAGAUAGAGUUGAUGCGAUCGAAACAUUUAAACCAUUACAAUCGGUGGAAGAUUUGCAAAGACCAACUGUUGGGGAGGAUGAAAGUAACACGUCGUAUAAAAUUGAUUAUUCCUCGAUUCGCCCGGAAGGAAUUACAAGUCCAAACUUUGUUUUUGAAGAACCACCCUCUGUAUUUUCAACUACUGAAAAGAUAUCGCAAAACAUUAAUUCAGAAGAAUCACAAAAUGAUACUGAUCAUAUUAAUGAAGAGGACACGUUCGCGGGAAAAUACACAUCCAAAAAAAUUGAUUACAAUAAUAAUUUAACAUCUGAAUAUUACCCAAUUACUAAAGAAUAUGAAACAUAUUUUUCAUCUCAACCUAUUGAUAAACAAAUUAAACUCACCGAUAAUAUUAACAAAGAAUUCCAUUCUUCAGGUAUGACUACAUUCGUAGAGGACGAUGUUGGAAGUAAAAAGAUUACUAAGGAAGGUGAUAUACAUCGUCUACUAACUGAGUAUACACCGGAAAACACCUUAAAUAGUAUGGAUAUAACCCACGCCCCAAGUAGAAGUACACCAGAAAAAGAUCAUAAUGAAGAAAUGAUAACUAAGUUUAAUGAACACGAAAUGGAAAUUACUAAUGAACGAGGUCAUUCGCCCAAAUUAGAAGAAAAUACUCUUCUUGGAGUUGAUAUGCAUCAUCCAUUAACUGAUAUACCAGAAAAAGAAGAAAAUCUUAUUAACAAAGAAUCUGAUGAAUCCAUAGAAGACUUAAAAACUACGCAUGAAGGUGAUCUACAUCAUACAGAAGUGGGGGAGAUAUCAGAACAUCAUGAAAAGGAAGAUGGGUUACAUCAUCUCACUGAUCACGAAAAAGAAACUACUCUAAAAGGCGAUGUACAUCAUUUGAAUGAGAAUAUCCUUAAGACUACUGGAGAUGAUUUAGCUCAUAAACCUGCCUCAGAGGAACAUAAAUCAGAUAUUGAUAUCUUGGAUACAAGUACUCAUGCUGGAAUAAGUGGUAUGUCAGAAAAACACGAAGAUGAGAAAAUGCAUGGAGGCGAAGUUUUCCAUUUAACUGAGCAUAUACCUGAAAAUGUAUUAAAUAGUAUGGACGUAACCCAAACUACCCACGAUAAUGAUGGUCAUAAAUCCAACUUAGAAGAAAACAAAUCAGAAAAAGCGAUAACAGGACAUACUGAACUUGGAGGUAUAGCUGAAGAACACAAAAACGAAAUAACUCACGCAAAAGAUGUGCACCAUACUCUAACUGAACAUAUACCAGAAAAACAGCAUAUAUCUAGUAGUCACACAGAAUUAGGAGGGAAUUCAGAACUCAAGGAAAAAGAAAUGACUCAUGAAGAUAAAGUACAUCAUUUCUUAACUGAGCAUGUAUCAGAAAAAGAACACGAAAAGGAAAUUAGUCAUGAAAGCCACCAAGGAAUUGAUUUGGCUCAUAAACCGAAUUUAGAAGAAAAGAAAUCAGAAAUAACUGGACACACUGAAAUUGAAGGUAUCGGAGAAGAACAUAAAAACGAAAUUACUCAUGCCGAAGAUGUGCACCAUCUCGUAACAGAGCAUAUUCCAGAGAAAAUGGGGGACACCUCUACUAAAAAAGAAUUUGAAGAAUCGAUAGAAAAAGAUUUAGAAAUGAAUCAUACAGAAACAGGAAGUAUGUCAGAAAAACAAGAAGGGGAAAUUGGGCAUUCCGGUGAUGUAAAUCCUAUAUCUGAGCAUAUAUCAAGUAAUCAUGUAGAAGGAGGGAUUUUGGAACACCAAGAUAAAGAAGUUACUCAUGAGGCUGAUGGGCAUCAUGACUUAACUGACCAUGUAUCAGAAAAAUUAUUAAAAAAUUUGGACGCAACCCAAACCGAACCUAAAAGAAUUUCAGAGGACCACGAAAAGGAAAUAACCCACGAAGGUCACGAAGGAGAUGAUCACCACCAUUUUACUGAAAACACAGGAGACAAUCUGAGUCAUAAACCCAACUUGGAAGAACAUAAAUCAGAAAAGGUGGUUGAUAAUUCUGAAAUAAGUGGACACACUGAAAUUGAAGGUAUUGGAGAAUAUAGAAACGAAAUUACUCCUGCCGAAGAUGUGCACCAUCUCCUAACAGAGCAUAUUCCAGAAAAAAUGGGGGACACCUCUACUAAAAAAGAAUUUGAAGAAUCGAUAGAAAAAGAUUUAGAAAUGAGUCAUACAGAAACAGGAAGUAUAUCAGAAAAGCAUGAAGGGGAAAUUGGGCAUUCCGUUGAUGUAAAUCCUAUAUCUGAGCAUAUAUCAAGUAGUCAUGUAGAAGGAGGGAUUUCGGAACACCAAGAUAAAGAAAUUGCUCAUGAGGCUGAUGGGCAUCAUGCGUUAACUGAGCAUGUAUCAGAAAAAUUAUUAGAAAAUUUGGACGCAACCCAUACCGAAGCUAGAGGAAUUUCAGAGGAACACGAAAAGGAAAUUACCCAUGAAGGCCACGAAGGAGAUGAUCACCACCAUUUUACUGAAAAUGCAGGAGACAAUUUGAGUCAUAAACCCAACUUGGAAGAACAUAAAUCAGAAAACGUGGUUGAUAAUUCUGAAACUGGAGAACACACUGAACUUGGAGGUAUUGCAGAAGAACACAAACAUGAAAUUACUCAUUUAGAAGAUAUACACCACCCUGCAACUCAACACUUACAAGAAAAAGUGGAGGAGUCGAUAGAAAAAGAUUUAGAAAUGAGUCAAACAGAAACAGGAAGUAUAUCAGAAAAUCAAGAAGGAGAAAUUGGGCAUUCCGUUGAUGUAAAUCCUAUAUCUGAGCAUAUGCCAAGUAGUCAUGUAGAAGGAGGGAUUUCGGAACACCACGAUAAAGAAAUUACUCAUGAGGUUCAUGGGGAUCAUGCCUUAACAGAGCAUGUAUCAGAAAAUUUGGACACAACCCAUACCGAAGCUAGAGGAAUUUCAGAGGAACACGAAAAGGAAAUUACCCAUGAAGGCCACGAAGGAGAUGAUCACCACCAUUUUACUGAAAAUGCAGAAGACAAUUUGGGUGAUAAACUCAACUUGGAAGAACAUAAAUCUGAAAAGGUGGUUGAUAAUUCUGAAAUAAGUGGACGCACUGAACUUGGGGGUAUUGCAGAAGAACACAAACAUGAAAUUACUCAUUCAGAAGAUGUACACCACCCUGAAACUGAACACAUACCAGAAAAAGUGGAGGGGUCGAUAGAAAAAGAUGUAGAAAUAAGUCAUACAGAAGUAGGAGGUAUGUCAGAAAAGCAAGAAGGGGAAAUUGGGCAUUCCGUUGAUGUAAAUCCUAUAUCUGAGCAUCAUCUCCUAACAGAGCAUAUUCCAGAAAAAAUGGGGGACACCUCUACUAAAGAAGAAUUUGAAGAAUCGAUUGAAAAAGAUUUAGAAAUGAGUCAUACAGAAACAGGAAGUAUAUCAGAAAAGCAAGAAGGAGAAAUUGGGCAUUCCGUUGAUGUAAAUCCUAUAUCUGAGCAUAUAUCAAGUAGUCAUGUAGAAGGAGGGAUUUCGGAACAUCAAGAUAAAGAAAUUACUCAUGAGGUUAAUGGGGACCAUGCCUUAACAGAGCAUGUAACAGAAAAAUUAUUAGAAAAUUUGGACGCAACCCAUACCGAAGCUAGAGGAAUUUCAGAGGAACACGAAAAGGAAAUUACCCAUGAAGGUCACGAAGGAGAUGAUCACCACCAUUUUACUGAAAAUGCAGGAGACAAUUUGAGUCAUAAACCCAACUUGGAAGAACAUAAAUCAGAAAACGUGGUUGAUAAUUCUGAAACUGGAGAACACACUGAACUUGGAGGUAUUGCAGAAGAACACAAACAUGAAAUUACUCAUUUAGAAGAUAUACACCACCCUGCAACUCAACACUUACAAGAAAAAGUGGAGGAGUCGAUAGAAAAAGAUUUAGAAAUGAGUCAAACAGAAACAGGAAGUAUAUCAGAAAAUCAAGAAGGAGAAAUUGGGCAUUCCGUUGAUGUAAAUCCUAUAUCUGAGCAUAUGCCAAGUAGUCAUGUAGAAGGAGGGAUUUCGGAACACCACGAUAAAGAAAUUACUCAUGAGGUUCAUGGGGAUCAUGCCUUAACAGAGCAUGUAUCAGAAAAUUUGGACACAACCCAUACCGAAGCUAGAGGAAUUUCAGAGGAACACGAAAAGGAAAUUACCCAUGAAGGCCACGAAGGAGAUGAUCACCACCAUUUUACUGAAAAUGCAGAAGACAAUUUGGGUGAUAAACUCAACUUGGAAGAACAUAAAUCUGAAAAGGUGGUUGAUAAUUCUGAAAUAAGUGGACGCACUGAACUUGGGGGUAUUGCAGAAGAACACAAACAUGAAAUUACUCAUUCAGAAGAUGUACACCACCCUGAAACUGAACACAUACCAGAAAAAGUGGAGGGGUCGAUAGGAAAAGAUGUAGAAAUAAGUCAUACAGAAGUAGUAGGUAUGUCAGAAAAGCAAGAAGGGGAAAUUGGGCAUUCCGUUGAUGUAAAUCCUAUAUCUGAGCACCAUCUCCUAACAGAGCAUAUUCCAGAAAAAAUGGGGGACACCUCUACUAAAGAAGAAUUUGAAGAAUCGAUAGAAAAAGAUUUAGAAAUGAGUCAUACAGAAACAGGAAGUAUAUCAGAAAAGCAAGAAGGAGAAAUUGGGCAUUCCGUUGAUGUAAAUCCUAUAUCUGAGCAUAUAUCAAGUAGUCAUGUAGAAGGAGGGAUUUCGGAACAUCAAGAUAAAGAAAUUACUCAUGAGGCUAAUGGGCACCAUGACUUAACAGAGCAUGCAACAGAAAAAUUAUUAGAAAAUUUGGACGCAACCCAUACCGAAGCUAGAGAAAUUUCAGAAGAACACGAAAAGGAAAUUACCCAUGAAGGUCACGAAGGAGAUGAUCACCACCAUUUUACUGAAAAUGCAGAAGACAAUUUGGGUCAUAAACCCAACUUGGAAGAACAUAAAUCUGAAAAGGUGGUUGAUAAUUCUGAAAUAAGUGAACACACAGAACUUGGGGGUAUUGCAGAAGAACAUAAACAUGAAAUUACUCAUUUAGAAGAUAUACACCACCCUGCAACUGAACACGUACCAGAAAAUGUGGAGAAGUCGAUAGGAAAAGAUUUAGAAAUAAGUCAUACAGAAAUAGGAGGUGUGUCAGGAAAACAUGAAGAAGAAAUUGGACAUCCAAUUGAUAUAAAUCCUAUAACUGACCAUAUAUCAAGUAGACACACAGAAGUAGGAAAGGUUCCAGAACACCACGAAGAAGAAAUAACUCAUGAAGGUGCUGUACAUCAUUCCUUAGCUGAGCAUGUAUCAGAAAAAACGCUAGAUAACUUGGCCACAAGCCAUACUGAAGCUAGAGGAACGUCAGAGGAACACGAAAAGGAACUUACCCAUGAAGGCCACAAAGGAGAUGAUCACCACCAUUUCAUUAAGAGUACAGAAGAAUAUUUGGGACAUAAAUCCAGCUUAGAGGAAAAUAAAUCAGAAAAGGUGACUGAUCAUUCUGGAAUAAAUGGGCACACAGAACUUGAGGGUAUGGCAGGAAAUGUGCACCAAGCUCUAAGUGAACAUACAUCAGAAAAAAUGGGAGACACCUCUACUAAUCACGAAUCUGAAGAAUCGAUAGAACAAGGCUUAGAGGCAAGUGAUACAGAAGAAGGAAAUGUGUUAGAAAAAGAAGAGACUGGGCAUUCAAUUGCUGUAAGUCCUAUAACUGAGCAUGUAACAAGUAGUCACAUAGAGGUAGGAGGUAUUUCGGAACAUCAUGAAAAAGAAAUGAAUCAUGAAGAUGAUGUACAUCAUUCCUUAUCUGAGCAUGUAUCCGAAAGUGCAGUGGAUAACUUGGCCAUAACCCAUACCGAAGCGAGAGGUACUUCAGAAGAACAUGAAAAAGGAGUUAUCCAUGAAGGCCACGAUGGAGAUGGUCAGCAUCAUUUCACUGAGAAUGCAGAAGACAUUUUGGGGCAUACUUCUGCAGUAACUGAACACAUUGAACUUGGAGGUAUUUCGGAAGAUCACAAAUAUGAAAUUAGUCACUCAGAAGAUGUACACCACCCCCAAACCGAACAUAUACCAGAACAGGUGGGAGAUACCUCUGGUAAGAAAGAAUCUGAAGAAUUGUUAGAAAAAGACUUAGAGUCAAGUCAUACAGAAGAAGGAGGUAUGUCAGAAAAACAUGUUGAAGAAAUUGGACAUACAAUUGAUAUAAAUCCUAUUACUGAGCAUACAUCAAAUGGUCACACAGAACUAGGAGGGAUUUCAGAACACCACGAAAUAGAAAUGACUCAUGAAGGUGAUGUUCACCAUUCCUUAGCUGAGCAUGUAUCAGAAAAAGUAGUAGAUAACUUGGUCAUAAGCCAUACUGAAGCUAGAGGAACUCCAGAGGAACACGAAAAAGAACUUACCCAUGAAGCGCACGAAGGAGAUAGCUUAGAGGAAGAUAAAUUAGAAGAAGUUACUGAUAAUUCUGAUAUAAGUGGACACACAGAACUUGGGAGUGUGGCAGGAAAACAUGAAACCGAAAUAACUCAUGAAGAAGAUAUGCACCAAGCCCUAACUGAACAUAUAUCAGAAAAAGUUGGGGACACUUCUACUAAAAAAGAAUUUGAGGAAUCAAUAGAAAAAGAUUUAGAGACAAAUCCCAAAGAAGAAGAAAGCGUGUCAGGAAAAGAAAAAGAAGAAACUGGACAUCCAAUUGAUAUAAAUCCUACAACGGAGCAUACAACAAGUAGUCAUAUAGGGGUAGGAGGGAUUUUGGAACAACACGGAAAUGAAAUGACUCAUGAAUCAAUGGAUAACUUGGUCACAAGCCCUACUGAAACUAGAGGUACUUUAGAAGAACACGAAAAAGAAAUUACCCUUCAAAGCCCAGAAGGAGAUGGUCACCAUCAUUUCACUGAGAAUGCAAAAGAUAUUUUGGGACAAAAGCCCAGUUUAGAGUCAGCAACAACUGGACACACUGAACUUGGCGGUAUUUCGGAAGAACUCAAACAUGAAAUUACUCAUUUAGAAGAUGUGUCAGGACAACAUGAAGAAGAACUUAAUCCUAUAACUGAACAUAUAUCCAGUCGUCACACAGAGUUAGAAAAGAUUUCAGAACUCCAAGAAGAAGAAAUGACUCAUGCAGAUGAUAGAUACCAUUCCUUAGCUGAGCAUGAAUCAGAAAAAGCAGUGGAUAACUUAGCCACAAGCCAUACGGAAGCUAGAAUUUCAGAAGAACACGAAAAGGAAAUUACCCAUGAAGGCCAUGAAGAGGAUAGUCACCAUCAUUUCACUGAACAUGUACUUGAGAAUGCAGGAGAUGAGUUGGGUCACAAACCCAGCUUAGAGGAAAAUAAAUCAGAAAAGGUGAUAGAUAGUUCUGAAGUAACUGCACACACUGAACGUGAAGGUGAACACAAAAACGAAAUUACUCAUGCAGAAGAUGUAUACCAUUCCCUAUCUGAACAUAUAUCAGAAAAAGACUUAGAACCAAGUCAUACAGAAGAAGAAAGUAUCUCACAACACCAUGAAGAAGAAAUUGGACAUUCAGUCGAUAUAAAUUCUAUAACUGAGCAUAUUUCAAGUAGUCACCCAGAACUAGAGGGAAUUUCAGAACACAACGAAAAUGAUAUCACUGGUAAAGGUGAUGUACAUCAUUCUUUAGCUGAGCAAAUAUCAGAAAAAGUGACAAAUAACUUCGACACAAGCCAUACUGAAGCUAGUGGAAGUUCAGAGGAACACGAAAAGGAAGUUAGCGGCGACGCACAACAUCAACUAACUGAUCAUAUAUCUGACUCUGAACCCAGCUUAGAGGAACACAAAUCAGAAAAGACUAUAGAAAGCUCAGAAGAAAGUGGUCACACUCAACUUGGAGUUGAUGUAAAUGAUCUACCUGAGCAUAUACCUGAAAAAGUAAAUGAAGGGGACAUACAGAAGGUAGAAGAUAUUUCUGAAAGUCAAAGAAUAGAAUUUUCACAUCUAGGUGAUGUGCUUGAAGGUGAAGAGACUUCAGGACACCAAAAAGGAGAAAUUACACCUAGUGAUAUACACCACUCUCUUUCUGCGUAUACACCAGAAAGUCAGGAAGAAACCAUGACUCAUAAAGAAUCAGAGCAAUCUAUAGAUAAAGACUUAGAAAUAACUAUUCAUGACGAAACAGUUGGUAUAUCAGAACAAGAAAUUACCCAAGAAGGCGAAACACAUCAUCCAGAAACUGACUUAAGCCAUGAGAUGGAAAUAAGCCAUACUGAAACUAGGGCAACUUCAAAAACUCAUGAAGAAGAUGGUGUACAUCAUCUCACUGAGCAUUUAUUUGAGAAAACAGCAGACGAAUUCACUGUCAAACCCAGCCUAGAAGAAACAGAAUCGAAAGAGACGUUAGAUAGUUCUGAUCUGCACUAUCCUCCAACUGAUCACAUACUAGAUAAAAGCAGUGAAAGUAUUGCUCAUAAAGAACACGAAGAUGCUGUGGAAGAAUUAAAAGAACAGCAGGAUACAACUGAUAAUCAGUUAGAAGAACAUACAUCGGCAAAUGUAUAUAAUCCUCUAACGGACAAAAUAGGUGAUAUCUUGACACAUAAAGACACUGAAGAAUCGAUAAAAGAAGAAUUUUCAGGGAAACACGUGGAAGAGCUAACAGAUAAAGGUGAUGUAAAUAGUCACACAGAUCAUACAGAUGCCAUAGCGAAUGAAAUUACGCACGAAGCUGACUUAAAUAAUCUUUUAACUGAGCAUAUACCACAGAAAACGGGGGAAGAGUUGAUUUCUGAAGAAUCGAUAGAAAGCGCAUUGGAAACAACCACGCACGCAAUGGAAGAAACAAUUUUAGAAAAUCAUGAACAAGAACUUACACACGGAGGUGAUGUACACCAUGUUCAAACUGAGCAUAUAUCAGAGAAUCCAUCAGAUGUUUUAGACAUAACCGACACUGAAAAUGCAGAAAGUUUAAAAAACCAUGAAAUAGAAAUUACACAUGAAGGUGGUAUAAAUGGUCAUACAGGUUCAGAAAAUCAAGCAUACGCGAUUCAUAAUGUAUUAGAAACAACCGGUCACAUAGAAGCAAGUGCUUUUCCAGAACAUCACGAAAAUGAAAUUACGCAAGCAGAUGAUAUACAACAUUCUGUUACUGAACAUAUAUUAGAGCAUACUUUGGAAUCAAAUGCUGAUCAUAUUCCAGAAGAAGAAUUUAAAUCAUCUCUAAUACCAACAGAAGAUUUAGACGAACAAACUGAACGUAACUUAGAUUAUACGUUAAAAGAAGUUGAUGUAGGUGUAACAAGAAGAAGUGAAACUACGGUUCAUUCCAUGGAGGAUCACAGUAAUCAUAUCAAAUCGACUCACAAAUUCAGUGAACCUAACAUCGGCACAAUUUUUCCUAACGAUAUAUACAAUGUAAUAGAAGGAGAAGCUGAUCUAACAGAAAAACAUGAGGGCUUAGAAUUUACAACGAAUGAAGAAGAUUCUGAACAUUUCGAAACUUCUAUAAUACCUGACAUGAUAGAAGAGCAUACAUUAAAGGAGGUGGAACUUGCGCAUGGCGAAGAAGAGAAAACGGCCAGAUCAAUUUAUGAAAAAAUAGAAGAAGUUCAAACUAAUCCAAUUGAAGGACAGACAUUGGGGAAAGGGAUUAACAUAAUGGAAAGUGGAAAAAAGGCAGGUUACAUGUCAUACUCUGAUAUAACAGAAAGUUCGAAAACAGGAAUUAAUGUGUUACCAAUAGAAGCUGACGAACAUGCUUCAACACCAUUGAUAACAGAGAACAUUCAUAUAUCUCAUCCGUCAGAAGAACAUGACUUUAAGAGCGAAAUUACUGAAUUAUCUGCAGAAAAUGCUGAACACAUUACCAAAUCGUCAGAACCACAAAAAAUACAAGAACAUUCUAGCGAAGUUGAAACAGUAAGCCAUCUUUCGGAAGGACAUAUCGACAAGGGAGAAGAACAUGAACAUAUCAGCAAAGCAGAAAAAGCUCAUGCCUCUCAAGAGUAUGGGAUCACAGAAGAAGAUGAACAUGGAGAUGCUCAUGAAAAAGCACACGAAAUUGCAGAAGCGACUGAAUCAGUAACAGCUGAGCAUACUGAAGAUAGUCUAUCAAAAAUACAUGACCACUCCGGUGAGCCAGAACACGGAAUAACACAUCCUACUGAAGAACAUGAGUUCAAAGUAAAAGGCGAACAUGAUAAAAUACAUACCGUAGAACACAUCGAAAGUGAUUUAACAAGUGUACAUGAACAUGUCAGUGAAGCAGAAGGUGAUGUAACUGAUCCCUCUGAAGAGCAUACCUUCAAAGAAAGCGAAACUCACGAAAAAGCACACGAAGUUACAGAAGUGACUGGACUGCCAACAGAAGUUGUCGAACACACUGAAAGUCCAACUCAUCCAUCAGAAGAACACGGUUUCAAAGCAGAAGAAGAACAUGCUGAGUUAACAACUGAAUUUGAUCAUACUGAAACUGACUUAACAGAUGAAUACAAACAUACCAGUGAAGCAGAGGGAAGUGUAACUCAUCCUACUGAAGAACAUAGCUUGAAAUCAGAAGGUGAACAUGGCGAUGCUCACGAAAAAACACACGAACCUCUCGAAGCGACAGAAUUAGCAACAAAAAUUGCUGAACAUACUGAAAGUGGCCUAGCAAAACCACACGAACACUUCAGCGAAACAAUAGAGGGUGUAACACAUCCUCCUGAAGAUCAUGGCGGGAGAGUAGAAGGUGAAUACAGUGGUACUCAUAAAAAAUUGCUUGAAGCUGCCGAAAAGAAUGAAUUACCAAGCGAAAUUACCGAGCAUACAUCAAAACGAUCAGAAACAGAGAAUGCAGAUGAAGUUAAAGCGGAUAUACAUGCACAUUCUACUGAAGCAGUGGACGGUUUAAUUAAUCCUUCUCAAAACUAUGGGAUCAAAGGCGAAAGUGAACAUGGCGCAAGCCAUGAAGAACCACACGAAACUGCAGGAAAGACUGAACUUGCGCCAAAAGUUGAUGAACACAAUGAAGGUGGUGUAGGAAUAGCACUUCAACAUUCCAAUGCAGUUGAAGAGCAUGCAACACAUCCCACUGAAGAACAUGGAUUCAAGGGAGAAGGAGAACAUGGCGAAAGUGUUGAUAAAGAACACGAAGCUGUAGAGGCAACUGAACAACCAACAGAAGUUGCUGAACAUGUUGAAGGUGGUUUGACAAAAGUAUCUGAACAUUCCAAUGCUGCUGAGGAGCAUGCAACUCAUAGCUCCGAAGAGCAUGGAUACAAGGAAGAAGGUGAACAUGGCGAAAGUCAUGAGAAAGCAUACGAAAUAACAGAAGCAACUGAACAACCAAUAAAAGUUAUUGAACAUGUUGAAGGUGGUUUGACAAAAGUAUCUGAACAUUCCACUGCAGCUGAGGAGCAUGUAAUUCAUCCCUCUGAAGGGCAUGGAUUCAAGGGAGAAGGCGAACAAAGCAAAAGUCAUGAGAAACCACACGAACUUGCAGAAGUUACCGAACAACAAACAAAAGAUAAUUUAGGAACAGCACUUAAACAUUCGAGUGCAGUAGAAGAACAGGCAACUCAUCCCUCCGAAGCGCAUGGUUACAAGGGAGAAGGUGAACAUGGGGUCAGUCAUGCGAAAGCACACGAAGUUGAUGAAGCAACUGAACAACAAACAGAAGCUGCUGAACAUAUUGAAGGAGGUUUGACAAUUGUAUCUAAACAUUCAAAUGCACCUGAGGAACAUACAACUCAUCCCUCUAAAGGACCUGGAUUCACGGGAGAAGGCGAACAUGGCGGUAGUCAUGGGAAAGGACAAGAAGCUGAAGAAGUGACCGAACAACCAACAGAAGUUGCUGAAUAUGGUGAACAUAUUGAAGGUGGUUUAGCACAAAUAUCUGAACAUUCCAACGCUGCUGAGGAGCAUGUAACUCAUCCCUCUGAAGAGCACAGACUCAAAGGCGAAAGUGAACAUAGUGCAAGUCAUGCAAAAACACACGAAGCUGCAAGAACAACAGAAGUUUCCGAACAUGCUAAACAUAUUGGAGGUGAUUUGGCAGAAACAUCUGAACAUACCAAUCCAGCUAAAGAGCAUGCAACUCAUCCCACUGAAGGACAUGGAUUCACGGGAGAAGGUGAACAUGGCGUAAGUCAUAACAAGGAACACGAAGCUGCAGAAACAACAGAAAAACCAACAGAAGUUGCUGAACAUCUUGAAGGUGGUUUGGAAAAGGCAUCUGAACAUUCCAAUACAGCUGAAGAGGACGUAACUCAUCCCUCCGAAGAGCAUGGAUACAAGGAAGAAGGCCACGAAGCUACAGAAGUAACUGAACACCCACCAGAAGCUACUGAACACAUUGAAGGUGGUUUGGGAAUAGUAUCUGAACAUUCCAGUGCAGCUGAACAGCGUGCAACUCAUCCCUCUGAAGAGCAUGGAUACAAGAAAAAAGGUGAAAAUGGCGCAAGUCAUGAAAAAACACACGAAGCUGCAGAAGCUAUUGAAGAACCAACAGAAGUUGCAGAAAAUAUUGAAGGUGGUAUAGGAACAACUCUGGAACAUUCUAGUGCAGCAGAAGAACAUGCAACUCAUCCCUCUCAAGAACAUGGGUUUACGGGAGAAGAUGGCGCAAGUCAUCAGAAAGAAGACGAAGCAGCAGAAGCACCUGAACAAUCAAUAGAAGUUACUGAUCAUCUUGCAGGUGGAUUGGAAACUGCAUCUGAACAAUCCAAUAAGGCUGAAGAGCACAUAACGAAACCCUCCGAAGAGCAUGGUUUCAAGGAACAAGAUGAACAUGGCGUAAGUCAUGAGAAAGCAAACGAAGCUGAAGAAAUGACUAAACAACCAACAAAAGUUGCAGAACAUAUUGAGGGUGCUUUGGGAAUUGUACCUGAACAUACAAAUGCAGCUGAAGUGCGUGCAACUCUUCCCACCGAAGAGCAUGGAUACAAAGAAGAAGGUGAACAUGGCGCAAGCCAUGAGAAAGCACACGAAGCUACCGAAGCAACUGAACAACCAAUAGAAGUUACAAAACAUAUUGAAGGUCAUUUAGCAACAGCACUUGAGCAUUCCAGUGCAGCAGAAGACGGUGCAACUCAUCCCUCUCAAGAUUAUGGGAUCACGGGAGAAGGUGAACAUAACGCAAGUCAGGAGAAAGAACACGAAGCAGCAGAGGCGACUGAACAACCAACACAAGUUGCUGAACAUUUUGAAGGCGGUUUGGAAAAGGCAUCUGAACAUUCCAGUCAGGCUGAAGAGCACAUAACUCAUUCCUCCGAAGAGCAUGGUCUCAAGGAACAAGAUGAACAUGGCGCAAGUCAUGAGAAAGCAAACGAAGCUGAAGAAAUGACUAAACAGCCAACAAAAGUUGCAGAACAUAUUGAAGGUGCUUUGGGAAUUGUACCUGAAUAUACAAAUGCAGCUGAAGUGCCUGCAACUAUUCCCACCGAAGAGCAUGGAUACAAAGAAGUAGGUGAACAUGACGUAAGCCAUGAGAAAGCACAUGAAGCUACCGAAGCAACUGAACAACCAAUAGAAGUUACAGAACAUAUUGAAGGUAAUUUAGCAACAGCACUGGAGCAUUCCAGUGCAGCAGAAGAAGGUGUAACUCAUCCCUCUCAAGAAUAUGAGUUCACGGGAGAAGGUGAAUAUAGCGCUAGUCAACACGAAGCAGUAGAAGCAACUGAACAACCAACAGAAGUUGCUGAACACGUAGAAGGUGGUUUGGAAACGGCAUCUGAACAUUCUGGAAAAGCACACGAAUAUACAGAAGCAACCGAAGAACUAACAGAAGUUGCUGAACACACUGAAGGAAGUUUAGGAAAAAUACCUGUACAUUCCAGUGUAGCAGAAGAACGUGCAACUCAUCCCAGUAACGAGCAUGCAUUGAAAGGCGAAGGUGAACAGGGGCCUAGUCAUGAUAAAGUACAUAAAGCUGGGGAAGCGACUGAGCUAGUGACAGAAGUCGCUGAACACACUUUGAGUGAAUUUGAAAAGGUUCACGGAGCUGUAGAAAACACUGAAGGUGUUCUAGGGAAGGAUCAUGAACAUUCGAGUGAAGCAGGAGAAGGUACAGCUCAUACCAGUGAAGAACAUCAAUUCAAGGGGGAGGUUGAACAUGGAGCCACUCACGAAAAUUUUCACGGAGCUGCAGAAAAGCCUGAGCUGCAUUCCGAAGGUGGAGAACAUACUGAAGGCGGUUUACGAAAGGACCAUGAACAUUCGAGUGAUGCAGGAGAAGGUGUUACAUAUACCAGUGUAGAACAUGAAUUGAAGGGAGAGGUUGAACAUGGUGCCACUCACGAAAAGCUUCACGGAGCUAUAGAAAAGACUGAACUGCCAUCAGAAAAUGCAGAACAUACUGCAGGUGGUUUAGAGGAGGUUCAUGAACAUUCGAGUGAAGCAGGAGAAGGUGUUACCUAUACCAGUCAAGAACAUGAAUUGAAAGGAGAGGUUGAACAUGGUGUCACUCACGCAAAGAUUCACGGAGCUGUAGAAAAAACUCAUCUGCCAUCAGAAAGUGGAGAACAUGCUGCAGGUGGUUUAGAGGAGAUUCAUGAACAUUCGAGUGAAACAGGAGAAGGCGUUGCCCAUACCAGUGAAGAACAUGAAUUGAAGGAAGAGAGUGAACAUGAUGCCACUCACGAAAAGAUUGACGGAGCUGUCGAGAAUACUGAAUUGCCGUCAGAACAUACAGAACAUACUGAAGGUUUCUUAGGAAAGGAUUAUGAACGUACGAGUGAAGCAGGAGAAGGUGUUACCCAUACCAGUGAAGAACAUGAAUUCAAGGGAGACGGUGAACAUGGUGCCACUCACGAAAAGAUUCACGGAGCUGUCGAAAAUACUGAACUGCCAUCAGAACAUACUGAAGGUGGCUUAGGAAAGGAUCAUGAACGUACGAGUGAGGGAGGAGAAAGUGUUGCCCAUACCAGUGAAGAACAUGAAUUCAAGGGAGAGGGUGAACAUGGUGCCACUCACGAAAAGCUGCACGGAGGUAUCGAAAAUGCUGAAUUGCCGUCAGAACAUGCAGAACAUACCGAAGGUGGCUUAGGAAAGGAUCAUGGAAGUACGAGUGAGGCAGGAGAAGGUAUUGCCCAUACCAGUGAAGAACAUGAAUUCAAGGGGGAGGGUGAACAUGGUGCCACUCACGAAAAGCUUCACGGAGGUGUCGAAAAUGCUGAAUUGCCGUCAGAACGUGCAGAACAUACCGAAGGUGGCUUAGGAAAGGAUCAUGAAAGUACGGGUGAGGCAGGAGAAGGUAUCGCCCAUACCAGUGAAGAACAUGAAUUCAAGGGAGAGGGUGAACAUGGUGCCACUCACGAAAAGAUUCACGGAGCUGUCGAAAAUACUGAAUUGCCAUCAGAAUAUGCAGAACAUACUGAAGGUGGUUUAGGAGAGGAUCAUGAACGUACGAGUAAGGUAGGAGACGGUGUUGCCCAUACCAGUGAAGAACAUGAAUUCAAGGGAGAGGGUGAACAUGGUGCCACUCACGAAGAGCUUCACGGAGGUGCCGAAAAUACUGAAUUGCCAUCAGAAUAUGCAGAACAUACUGAAGGUGGUUUAGGAAAGGAUCAUGAAAGUACGAGUGAGGCAGGAGAAGGUGUUGCCCAUACCAGUGAAGCACAUGAAUUCAAGGGAGAUGGUGAACAUGGUGCCACUCACGAAGAGAUUCACGGAGCUGUCGAAAAUACUGAAUUGCCAUCAGAUUAUGCGGAACAUACUGAAGGUGGCUUAGGAAAAGAUCAUGAACGUUCGAGUGAAGCAGGAGAAGGUGUUGCCCAUACUAGUGAAGAACAUGAAUUCAAGGGAGAAGGUGAACAUGGUGCCACUCACGAAAAGAUUCACGGAGCUGUCGAAAAUACUGAAUUGCCAUCAGAAUAUGCAGAACAUACUGAAGGUGGUUUAGGAGAGGAUCAUGAACGUACGAGUGAGGCAGAAGCAGGUAUUGCCCAUACUAGUGAAGAACAUGAAUUCAAGGGAGAGGGUGAACAUGGUGCCACUCACGAAAAGCUUCAAGGAGGUGUCGAAAAUACUGAAUUGCCAUUAGAAUAUGCAGAACAUACUGAAGGUGGUUUAGGAGAGGAUUACGAACGUACGAGUGAGGUAGGAGAAGGUGUUGCCCAUACCAGUGAAGAACAUGAAUUCAAGGGAGAGGGUGAACAUGGUGCCACUCACGAAAUUCUUCACGAAGUUGUAGAAAAGACUGAAUUGCCAUUCGAAGGUGCAGAACACACUGAAGGUGGUUUAGGAGAGGGUCAUGAACAUUCGAGUGAGCUAGGAGGUGGUUCUGUCCAUACCAGUGUCGGUCAUGAAUUUACGGGGGAGAAUGAACAUGGUAGCACUCACAAAACGCUUAACAAAGCUGCAGGAAAGACUGAAAUGCCAUCAGUUGGCACAGAACAUACCGAAGGUGGUUUGGGAGAGGGUCAUGAACAUUCGAGUGAAGCAGGAGAAGAUGUUGUGCAUUCCAGUGAGAAACAUGAAUUCAUGGAAGGAGGUGAACAUAGUAGUACUCAUGAAAAACUUCAUGACGCUUCAGAAAAGAUUCAAAUACCAUUAGAGAUCAUUGGUCACACUGAAGGUGAUGUAACAAGAGUUCAUGAACAUUCUACUGAAAGAAGAGAAGGUGUGGCCCAUACAACUGAAGAACAUGGAAUCAUGGGCGAAGGUGAACAUAGUAGCACUUUUGAAAAACUUCACGAAGCUAUAGAAAAGACUGAAUUGCCAUCAGUCGGAGCAGAACAUACUGAAGGUGGUUUGGGAGACAUUCAUGAAAAUAUGAGUGAAGGUGGAGAGGGUGUUGCCCACAUAACAGGAGAACAUGGAUUGAACAAGGAAGGUGAACAUGGUAGCACCCAUGGAACUAAUUUUGAAGCUUCAGAUAAGGUUGGAAUACCAUUAGAGAUUUUUGGGCAUACUGAAGAUGAGUUCGCAAGAAUUCAUAAACAGUCCAGUGAAGGGAGAGAAGGUGAUGUUCAUACCACAGUUAGUGAACAUGGUAGUACUGAAGGAAUUGAAAGCAUUUAUGGAACUUUCGAGAAUACAGAAGGCUAUUCAGCAAUAACACAUGAACAUUCCACCGAAAUAUCAAAGAUGCACGAACAUUCUAGUGAAACAGAAGAACAUGGGGAGCAUGGCAGCACUCAUGAGAAAGCUCACAAAGGUACAGAAACGAAUGAAUUACCAAUGGGAGGUGCUGAACAUUCUUCACAUCCAGCUGAAACAGAGACUUCACAAGCGGAUUUAGCAAAGCUCCAUGAACAAGGCAAUGGAACUAAAGAAGGUAUAACCGAUCAUUCAGAAGAAACAACGAUUGAAGCCGAAGCUAGCGUCAAUAUUUCUACAUCCAACCUAUCAUCAGUGCAUUUACCAGGACAAACAUUGCAAACAGAAAGUCCUGGAAAAUAUACUUACACGGAAAGAAAUGAAAACAUAUCUUUGACUCAUCCUUUAGAAGAUAGCGACAUUUACCCAUCCGUAGCUAGCGAACCUGUAAAUGUUUCAUCAACACCCGUGGUUUCAGCUGGUUCAACAGUUACCAAUAAACCAGAAGAAUUUCGUGUUGUAAAUAUUAAAAUUAUUGGAACGCAUAAUCCCUAUUAUAUUGAUGUUGGACGUACUCCAAUGAUGCACUUAAAGGAGGAUACGAGCCAGAUGAGUGAAAAAAAUGAAAAUACAGCUCAUGAAGAUCAAAACGAAGAAAGUCAAACAUUAAUUAGUACGACUAUACAUGUUUCUAGUGCUAAUCAAAGCACCGAAUCAACGAAUGAUGAUCUUGCGGUGUCGUCAUCAAGUAGUACACUCGAAGGCAUUAGUGAAGAAGGGGAAAUAUCGGAAUCUGCGGCUACUGAUGUACAUUCUUCUACAAAACGAAAUGAAGAUGUUAUCCAAUCUGAAGAUAAUGAAGAGGAAGAUGAAGACGUCACGCCCCAAAAUUUACAAACUAUGGAGGACGAAGAAAGAAAAGAAGAGGCUGAAAACGUGGAAGACACCGAAGAUACUGAUGAAGAAGUGGAAGAUGUUGGUGAUGCUGGUAGACUUCUAGGUGAGGAGAAAGAAAUGUGGUUAUCCACUGAAAAUACGAAAAGUACUGAAGGAGAGCAAUAUAGCACUGAUAAUUUAGAAGAUGAAAAUUCUGAAGUUUUAGAACAUAUCACACGUACUCAUCGUCCUUAUCGCACGCUACCUCAUGAUGUAAUCCAGCACAGUACAGUUUAUACCAAUGAAGACCAAGAAGUAAAUGUAUUAAAACAAAUAACAGAAGGUGAUGAAGUCGAGACACAAGAAGUGGUGGAAUGUGAGGUGGAAACUAGUGAAACUCCUACUCCUAUGACGUGCAAAACCUCAACGACAACGACGACUUCCACUGAAAAUCCAGCUUUAAAACAGAAAGAGAUUUCAGAAACUUAUCAGUUGUUUGAUGAAAUUCUUCAAAAUGAUCAUCCUUGUCAAGAUCAUGAAGUUUCUCAAAAUCAUAAAAUAUCUGAAUAUGAUAUUACAAAUGAAAAAUCAUCAACCAUCCAAAGUGGUUUCUUAUCAACGUCGUUACGAAGAAGUAGAAACUUGUUGUCCAUUUCAGAGGAAGAGGAACCAAAUUAUUGGACAGAUGAAGAGCAUAACUUCUCAAAUAGAGUCACACAUGCAUCAACAACAUAUUGUGAUUCACCUUUACCUGAUUGCAAUGUUUUAUCAAACAAAGGGUACCAGACUCCUUACGAAAAAGCAGAACAACAUUUCACGACAAUAAUCGAAGAUGUAAUGGAGGAAAUUGCUAAAUUGCCGUUUGAAAAAACAUCCGAUUUUUGCCAUAACGAUACGUCUGCAGGGCAGUGUGAUGACACCGAUGAGUUUGACGCAGCGAUAGAAAGCACUGAUGAUACACCAGUAAAUAUAACGGAAGAUGACACUGUUUAUAACAAACAACAAAUUGAAAAAGAAGAUAUAGAAAAGAAAACUAAGAAAAAAGGAAAAGAGCAUAAAAAUAACUUAGAGUUGGUUGUGAUACCAACAAGCACCGAAUUUAAUGAUUUAUCUGGAAGUUAUCUGAUGGAAGCUACAGCAAAAGACACAUUUGAGAAUGAACCUUCCGUUGAAAGAGAAGAAAUAGAUGAUUUAGAAGCUAAUAAAAUGACGUUUGCAGAAGAUGUUUUUGAAAAACGAACUACUCAAUCAAUACGAGAUUUUUCAGAAAUCGAAAAUGAUGAUAAUAGUAUUUCUAGGGAUAAAUGGAACGAAAAAAUAAUAAAAAAAUCGAAAAAUAUUUGUAAUGAUAUAGCAACAACAUGUGCCUAUCAAGUAAAAUAUAUGUAUACGGAAGAAGAAAAGAAAUCAGGGCGAAUACCAAUCGGAUAUAUAACAUCUACGCGAAAAUCCCCUUCAUCAAGCACUCAUCAAAAUCAUAUUAUUCAAAAAAUUAAAAGUCUAGCCGAUAAGUUUAUUCACGAACAAAGUCCUACCACGAAAAGAGACUCUGUAACGUUUAAAGUUAAAUUAGAUUUACCAGAUAAUUAUAAAGAUUUUCAAGAAUUACCACCUCAAAAGUUAACUAAAUCAAAACUCAAAAAUGAAGAAAUUAAGCAAGACGAAGAAGUCGAAUGUGAUUCACCAGAAAUAAAACCGACUUAUCAAAAUAUCGAAGAAAAUUGUAACGAUAAUAAUGAAAAGAUACCAUCAAAAUCAAACAAAGUAGUUAGCGAAACAAUUCGAUCUCGAGUCCAAGAACUCAUAAAGCAAAUGACUGAAUUUAUUGAUGAUACUAAUGAUUUAUCAACAGAGGACUAUACGGAUGAAGAAUACGAGAUUACUAUCACCACUGAACCGCCCACAAUAAGUUGUUCUGAUGAUGUAAAUUGGUUCACCGAUAUCACUGAGGGUAAUACGCAAUGUGAGGAAGAUAUAUCAUCAACUCCGGAGAAACUUCCAUUAACACAACAAGACAUAAAGGGCAUAGCUAUGACUUUAGCGGAUCUUUUAUCGCCACAACUUGCAUCAAAAUAUAAAGAUGAUUCUGAUUCAUCAUGUAUUAAUACCCAAGAUGAUUUUGAUGGAGUAAAAAAUGAAACAUCAACUAUUGAUUUUAUGGUUCGUGUUACAUUACCUCCAAAUGCAACGGUAAAAAAUCCGGAAAAUUCAUCUUCAUCACAUAAGAAGUUAAAACACAAUCAUGACCAUUUAAAGUUAUCUCAAAUUGGUACCACAACGCGAUCGAUAGAAUCACAAAAUGAGGAUGAUGAUAACUUAGUGUCUUUAUCAGAAGAUAAAAGUAUUUCCCCACCAAAUUUAGUGACUAAUUACGAAGACUUUGGUGAAUCAACCACAACUUCACCUACCACUUGUUCAACAUUAACCGUAUUAUUACCAAGCGAUGUUGAAAUUGAACCAGAACCGCAAAUUGAGGAAGAUUUAAUUACACCAACAGAAAAGUACACCGCAAUAAAAUCAGUUCUAAAUAAUUCGAAAGAUAUGCUAUAUUCAAAUACGAAUUAUCCAUUGCAUUCAAAUCGUUUGGAGAAUUAUACUAGCAUAAAAUCGAUUAUAAGAGCAUCAAUUGAAGAUGAAGAUAUGGCAAGUACUAAUAGUAUUGAUUUAUUAAAAGAAACCCAUCCUAGUUUACUUGAAGAUAGGGAUGAGGAAAAAUAUAACGUAGACCGUUCAACAAUUUCAAGCGGUCCAAGAACUCGAUUAACAGAAAAAGGACUUUUACAAAAAAUUUACAAAGAAAUCGUUGAAGAAUUUCCAGAUGUAACUACCGAAUUAUCAACUACAACAUCCAACGAUUAUCGUAAACACAAAAGCACUAAAAAGACCACAAUGUCUACCUCAAAAGACUUGGAACAUUUUAGGAGCAGUUUUGCAGGUUUUGAAAGUGAUGAUUAUGUUUUGAAUAAUGUCGUAAGCGAUAAUUCUAAUAUUGAUGUUGGAAGAAAAGAUUACACAAUCGAGAAUUACUCCAAUACUCUUAAUUAUCCUGCUGUGUCUAGUCAAGAAAUCAAUGAUGUUAAAGAUGAUGGGACGUACUAUGAUUUAAAACAUUCGAACAUAGAAGGAUUUAACGUUACUGAUAUACCUGGAAAUGAUAGGAGAAAUAAUAAUUCGUCUAGUUGGAAAAUGCAAAAACAUAAUGGUCGUAAGAAAGGGAAAAAGCAUAGAACUACUCUAAAUCCGUUUAUGGAUUAUGAUUAUUUGAAAAUUCUUUCGAAACUGAAUGAGAAAACUACAGAAGGGCAAACUGAAAAGUUUUCGAGAUUGGGUAAUAUUAUUGAAGCUUUAAGUUCGAUACAACCGAAGCAUAAAUUAAGCACGAGUCGUAAAAUUGAUUUAUCACAUAGAAACGGUAUAACAGAAGAAUUUACCACAGAAUACCCAAUAGAUAAUACUACAAGUAAGACUGAAUUUCAAUUCGGACCAAUAGCUGAUUAUUUACCGAAGAAAAUGCCUUUAUAUCCGAAACACCCUGGAGGAAAACCUGGCAAUCUUUAUUUUAAAUAUGAUCCCGUAAGUGCUGAAAGCAUCGAUGAUUUUACAAACGAAUUCGAAAAUAAAUCAACAUUAACUAGUGAUAAUACUGAAGAUUACUCAAAAAAUUUUGAAGCACAUUCAAUACCAACUGCCACUAAUUUAGAUGAUUUAUCUGAUAAAAUAGAAAAACUUUUAAAAGCAACUACAAGUACCGAAAGCAUUGAAGAUGUAGCUAAUAAAAUUGCGAGUUAUUUAUCGACUACGUCGACAACAGAAGAUUUGGAUAUUAAAAAUACCUAUACUGAUAAAAGAAAGCGUCCCAAUGAAGUCUUGGAAGCUCUAAAAUAUUCUUAUAAAUACAGCAAACCUGAAAUUGAUGAAACCAUAAAAGAAUCAUCUAAAAAUCUCGCUGAUUUAGAUAUUUUAAAAGAUUUUAAUACAGAAAAAGAAGAUAGUAAAAAGCCAAGUUUUACUUUAUACAUGGGACCUCAUUUUACAGCAUCAAACAUCACUCAUAUUUAUGUCCAAGAUGAAAUGGGAAGUGGCGUUAUGAUCGGGUUGGCAAACUCGACGGAAAUUGAAAAACUAUAUAGUAGUAAAAGUUCUGAUAGUGAUGAGGGUAUCACGGAAAGCGAAACUACUAAAAAAACUACAUCAACAAAGAAAUCAAAGAAGCUUCAAGUACCAAAGGAAGCUGGAGUUGAAACUGAUUAUGAUAUGUCUGAAUAUAAAUCGAUAAUUGAUGUAUUAUCUACAAAAUUAAAGGAUUCAACUCGAUCUUUCAGUAAAGGGAAACAUCGAUCGUUGAAGAAAUUGACUCAUUCGAAGUUAAAUGCAAAAAUGAGAAGAUUAAAUCGAGGUAAAUUAAAAGAAGGUGGUAAUAAAAGGAAUGUUAGAUCAUGUAAUGUGAGAACUAUUAAAAAUGAAAUGAAAAAAGAAAGAACUCCAUUAAGAAAUAUAACAAAUUUGAGUAAAUAUAAGAAGAAAGAUCAUUCAAGCACAACUCAAACAACAAAGACAACUUUAAAUAUGCUAAAUUCCUCUUGGUGUAACACCGAUGCAAAUAGUAAAUCUGAAACGAUUACGACAACAACCAAAAAAACUUCCAAAUCAUCUGGAAGUGAUCAAAACAGUAACCCUGAUAUUUUAUAUAAAGAUUAUGUUCCUGAGAAGAAUGCAUUGGAUGAUUAUAAUAUUGAUUAUGUGAUUGGGACGCCGAUAAAAACACAUUUAUUCAAAGAACUUGCCGAUAAAGAUGAGUGUAAGGAAACAACAACAAUUUGUGUAACAACAACGGAAUGUGUUACAACGACGGUGGCCACGAAACCUGUAGAAAAUAGUGAACUAAUUAAUGGAAAUAGUAGUGAAGAAAUUAAUGGGCAGAUUAAUGGACAAAUAACUGAACAGAUUAGUGGAGAAAUAACUGGGCAAGCAACAAUAAGUAUGGAAACAACAAGUGUAGAAACAACAACAUGGUCGUCUUUUAAUGAGUUACUUAAAUAUUGCGAAUCGUCAAAUAAUUAUGACUCAAAAUCUGAAAUAGUUCCUGGACUACCUUUUGAUACAACAACAUAUUCGUCAAUAAUGAAUUAUGAUUAUGAAACGACUACAAAAUAUUUUGUUGGGAAUCCAACGAUUGCAAAUACACCUAGUUAUGUGCCUUCAAAUGAUUAUGCAAAUCCAAAUGAUUAUGCAAAUCCAAAUGAUUAUGCAAAUACAAAUGAAUAUACAACAACAAAUGAAUGCACAACAACUAAAUAUACAAUGAUGCCAAUGAUUAAUAAUUACGAAACAACAACUCCUUCUUUCAGUGCAAAUCCAACGAUUGUAGCUACAACAACAACUACAAAUGAAUGCGCAACUCCUUCUUUAAGUGCAAAUCAAACGAUUGUAGCUACAACAACAACUAACGUAACUACAAAUGAAUGCGCAACGAAAACAUCUGCAAUAACCGCAAUGGAAACUACAUCUACUCAAAGUAGUGCAUUAGAGACAACAACAUCAACAUUAACUAACAUUCCAAUUAAUAAAGCAACUCCCCAAGAAAUGCUUGCAAUCAAAUACAGUUUACCUGCUAAAAAAAUAGUAUUUUUACCACCAAAGCUUUCGAUUGAAAGUGAUACAACUGAGAAUGAGGAUGAUUUUGAGGAGUUGUACUCAACUCCUCAAGUUUUAGUUGGGUUGAAAGGGUUACAUAAUGUUAAAAAUAAUAUCGAAAACAACAUCAUGAGAACAUUACCAAGAAAAACAGAAAAUGAAUUUGAUGAAUUAUCUCCCUCCACCAUAUUAAAGAAACACACCCCAUCUUUAAGAAUAAUGGAUGAUUAUGAAUUGGAGAAAACAACUUUUGCACGAAAUCCUUUUACGUAUCAAAUGUAUGUUAUCGAUGAAAAUCAACCAACAGAAUCGAAGUUUUUCAUCAAUGACCUUUACGAUGAUUCGAAAGUUACAACUCAAGGAAAAUAUUCCGAAGAAAAUUUUAAUCCUUAUCCCAUCGAAAAUGAAAUUAAGAGGUUGUUGCGACUCAAAACGAAAAAUAAACAAAAAUCUUUUCACACCGAAAGUGAUGAUGAUUUUAAUGUUUAUAAUAAGAAGAGUGAGGAAGAAGCAAUCGUAUUUCCAAGAGAAGAUACUGAAGUUAAUGAAACAACAUUAUCAACACAGAAAGAUGAAGGAGUUAAUAAUACAACGAAUUCAACUUCGAGUGAAGAAGAGGAUGAUGAAACGACCUCGACGACAUCGACGUCAACGAAAAAUCACGAAAAAUUCAUUCAUUUAAAAGAUGUUCAGGAUGAUAAAAAACAUAACAAUAAAACUAAUAUAUCUAGUUCAGAUAUGGAAUGUGUAUAUGGCUCGAGUUUGCAUGUUAAUGCCACGAGUUUGCAUGUUAACGCCACCACGAAUUGUGGACUAAACAAUACUAAUUGUACCACUCAAACUACCCCAACUGAUGACUAUUGGUUAAUGUUGCUUAAAUAUAGUGAAGGAUUUUCUGAUUCUCCUUUCACACCAGUUAGUAAAUAUCGCAAAAUGGCUAAAACAACAUCUCAAAGAAAAUUUAAAACAUCAACUAAUUUCGGAAUGGAUUUAGCCGAAAAAGUUAACGAAGAUUCAUCGCUGUUUUCAAUAGAAGAAGAUGCUCUCGCAAAUUCUGAGGAUCAAUUAUUCCAACAACCGAUUUUGCCCGAAAAUAAAGAUGAAUUGGAGCAAAGCUCUAAUUUUGAUAACCAAUAUAUUAUGAGUGAAGAACCCAUCGAUACAUUAACCCAAAACCUUUUAAAAUACAACAUGCACACAACAAUUAAUCCGAUUAAUUCAACGUUUGAGCAUAACACCGCUAAGAAAAGUUUGUAUUCAUUUAUUUGGAAAAAACCGAAAGGGAUAUCUAAAAAAAUAAGCGAAGCUUGGAAACAACUCGAAAAAGAAACUAAUACAGUGGCGGUUUUAGAGGAUGCAAGUCUUUUUACGAUAGAAGAAAAUCAAGGGGAUGUUGGAGAAGAUGUCGUUAUUUUGUCUAAGCCGUUGAAAUCGUUGAAUUCGGGACAAACUUUCGGCGAUAAAAAGGACAAAAGUAAAACGUUAAUUGAUAACGAAGUGAAUCUUCAUGGUAAAAAAGAAAAAAUUACUCGAAAAGGAUCGCCUAAGAAAAUCACUAAGAAAAUGAAGUUAAAUAACAAUAAAAAAUUAUUUACUCAAAAUAGAAUUUAUUAUGCUAAAGGAAACAAUUUAACAAAAAAAUCAACGACGAAAUCUUUUAAAACUCUUAGUAAAAAUAAAAACAAGAAAUUAAGGGUUAAAAUCACUGAGUCAGAUGAAGAAAUUAAUAAGAGAAAUAUUAAGAGUUUAAAUGAAGAUGAAGAUGAUAAUAUUUCGUUGGCGGAAAUUUUUAAUAAAAUUAACUUUAUACCGAAAAAUAAUGAUGAAUUAAUCGACAAUAAUAAUAACAACAUCCAAUCAAACGAAUAUACCUUAACAAGGAAAGAAGUGUCAAAAAAUAAUUUAACUACUCGCUCAACUCAUUCAAGCUCCCAUAAAACUACAACGAGAAUUAAAACGGAAUCGCCGUUUAAAAAAUUAAAUGUAACCACUUUGAAACCCGCUGCUUAUUUAUAUUUGCGAGCUAAGAAGACAACUUUAUCCGGGAAGAAUAGAAAUAAAAGUAAGUUUACUCAUAAAGAUCAUAAGAAAGGACCGAAAUUGAGUCAUAAAGUUAAUGGGAUGUCUCAAAAAGGCACUACGAAUAUUUUAGAUCUUAAAUUAGUGUCUGUUCCUCCUACUAAACGGGUUAAUAAAGGAAGAGUUUCAAAUGUAUCAAAAACAAUGGGUAAAUCGACGAAGAAAAAUAGCGAAUUAAGUACAACACAUUCUUUUAUUUCGAAAACAUCAAUUUCUAAAUUGAAGAAUCAAUCGGUUAUCCCAUCAAAUACUCAACCAAGGAAUUCGUUAUCGACUACAUUAAUUACUCCAUUUACGAUUCCUUUAACAACUUCGUCAAGAACUUCAUUAACGAAUUCAUUAACUUCACAAUUUACAACUUCUUCACCGACUUCUUUGCCGACUUCGUUACCAACUUCGUUACCGACUUCUUUACGUACUUCUUCGCCGACUUCUUUACCAACUUCUUUACCGACUUCUUCACCGACUUCUUUACCGACUACUUUACCGACUUCUUUACCGACUACUUUACCGACUUCUUUACCCACUUCUUUACCGACUUCUUUACCAACUUGGUUACCGACUUCUUUACCAACGUCUUUAUCGACUUCUUCACCAAUUUCUUUAUCGACUUCUUCACCAACUUCAUCAUUAACGACUUUAUCAAAGACUCCAGUUACGGCUUCACUCACGACUCCAUCAACGACUUCGUUAACGUCUCCAUUAAAACCUACAUCAACGGUUCAAACGUUUCCAAUAACGACUCCAUCACCGAUUUCAUUAAAGACUCCAUCAACUACUUCAGCAACGAUUUCAUUAACGACUCCAUCAAAGAUUCCGUUAACGACUACAUCAAAGAUUCCUUUAACGACUUCUUCAGUAACGAGUCCAUUAACGACUUCUUCAUCAACGAUUCCAAUAAAGACUAAUUCGAAGCAUUCCUCUAACAAGUUGUGGAAUUUGAUUUCGAAGUAUGCAAAAACAACGCAAAAAAUGAUUAAUAUUCCCUUAAUUAUGAAAACGCAACCGGUGCUUGAAAGAACGACGAGGACUUCCUCUCUGCCCAAUAGCGUUGGUGAUGAAGAUGGCUACACGACUGAUAUUACUACGGAGCAUGUUAUAGAAGUUACUCCCGAUAAGAAUAAAAAUGUUAACACAAAAACUUUGGUGGAUGUGCAACCGACGGGAAAUAAAACGCAUGCGAUUUUUAUUUCGGAAGAAGAAACUGCACGCACUGAUAAUGCAGCAAUUAGAUUAAUGCCAUAUUCUCCAGAAUAUUCAAACAUUGAUAAUAAUGAUGCAUUGACUGAUAAAGAAGUAGAAGGAGAUAACGAUAUGGAUGAUGGUGAAUUCGCUCAAUUUUAUUUAGAUUACCCUUCAUCUGAGAUUUUAUCUGGCAAACCGAUACUUAAUAAAUUUAAUAAAAAAAUCGACGAAAAUGAAACGGAGACAACUACUCAGAAUGAAGAUGAUAUUACAACUGAAACAUCAGAUUUUAUUAUUUCAGCUACAAAUAAUGUAGAAAUUGAUUACGCUGAUGAUCAUGAUGUGACAGUUGUGAAUUCUCAUGAGUUUGAAAUUCCUCGACCGAAUGAUACGGAUGAUGUUCAAAUAAAAACCGAGAAAUUCGAAUUAAACGGUUUGGGAGAUAAUGAUUCGAUAGUUUCGGCCGCAGCUAGAAAAGGAUCUAAAGAAAAAGUUGUAAAUUAUACUUCAAUAUUCCCUAAGGAGAGUUUGUUGGUGGAGGUUCCAAAACCUAAAAGUAUUGAGAGUGGCUGUGAUCGAUUAAAAGUGAAUAAGAAAUAUAAAAGCACAUUAAAUCCGUUUAUUCGAUCAACAUAUUCUUUUAAUGAACCCAUCCAAUCAUUAAGAAAUUUAGCACGAUCAACGAUUUCAACAUCUAAACCAACAACUAAAUUAUUAAUACAUGUUCCUGAUGAAGUAGAAACUCAUCAUGAAUUUGUGGAAAAUUUAACAAACACCCCAAGUUUUUAUUAUUACGGUGGUAAAUCCGAUUUAAAAAGUUACGAUGGAAAAUAUAGCAAAUUAAAUAAAACUGUGCCUAAAUUUAUUAGUAAAUUUUUACCGAAAUUGCCGAUGUUAUUGAAUACAACUCAAAUAAUUACAACGACGACUUCUUCCCCUAUUCAUCAAUCGAUAUCUAAUCCACCAUUGCCUUUAAAAGUUGAUGAGACAAUGGAUGAUGAUUUUAUUGCAAUUACGGCGGCUCCUAUUCAUCGGAGUCAAUAUAAAGAUCAAAUUUUGAAGGGGGGUGUUCAAAAAUAUACGAUUUCGCAACCUGCGAUGGGGGUUUUAAUUGCUCCCGUUGCGUUAACUACGAGUGCGCCACAGAAAGAGAUUGUUUAUAUUAUUAAUAAUCCUAUUAAUCCAAUUAAUAAUCGAAUCGAUAAUCCAAUUAGAAAUAAUCUUCAAAAUACACCAUUAGUUACUACAUUUUCGCGGAUGUUCCAAACGAAUAAUGUUGAUAAGAAUACUGAGAUUACUAAUUAUUUUAAGAUUCCAAUUCAAGUUGAGGAAGAUGAUGGUUAUUAUCGCAAUGGUAUAACGAGGUUUAAUAAGCCUCAAAAGGAUCAGGUUCCGAUGAUUUUACCAGGUUAUGCGUUGGUGUCGUUGGUUCCGCAAUUAUCUAAAGAGAAAGCUCCGUUUUAUAUUGAAGAAAUUGACCAAGAACCCAUUACUUAUAAGAAUGUGCACAAAUUUUCAAGACCUGCACAUAAAUUACAUUACCAUAAAGAUCCGUCGAUUAUCAUUACAAAUUCAGAUGAUAUUCCAACGAUACUCGUUAGAAGUACAACGGACAAGAAUGUCCUUGUACCAAUUGUGGAGGUGCCACCACCGAAAGAAAUUGAUGAAGAUUUAGUAGAUGAUGCUGAUUUAAAUAUACUUAAACAUAAAAGUAAAGGGCAUAAAAAACUAGUUUGGGAUGAUGAAAAUGAAGAACUAGAAGAAAAUGAAAUUAAGAUUAACCCAAAAAAGAUUCAUAAAUUGAAGUUAUAUUCUCAUAAAUUGAAAGGGCACAGUAAAAAUCAUCAGGGAGAGGGUGAUAAUAAGUGCAGCGCUAAUAGAACAUGUCCCCUUGCUGAAGAAAUCUACGAAAAUGCAUUGUUGGCAAGGUCAAACAGUAGCGAACGCCGCAAAACGGCUCAUGGUGGUUCGUGUUGUUCCGUUCUUGAAAAGAAAUAUGGGAUGGCAAAAACUCCGAACUGCCACUCGCAAUUAUCACAACCAACACCUGAAAUCAUAAAUGAUUUUGGAUAUUGGACCAUUUUUGGCGAUGAGGAACAAUGCGAACAAGAGGAGGAUGAAGAAAUUAACUCAGCCGUUUUAAGAGGAGAAACAACUUGCAAUGAUUCAACUACGAUUACAACAACAACGGAGCAAGAAGAAUGCGAGACAACUCGAAAAUGUACGACUACUGAAAAAAUUACAACUGAGGAGUGUACAACGAGUGAAGAAUGUACAACGAGUGAAGAAUGUACAACGAGUGAGGAGUGUACGACGGCUGAAGAAUGUACCACAACGAAAGGAGUUGAUAAUAAUGAAGUGUUUAAGUAUUCAAAAAAUAAACACAAAAAAAAAUUUAAUACGAAUAAGAAGAAAGUUUUUAGUAAACCAAUAAGUUUGGAAAACGACCAUUUCGAUGUUGAAAAAUCCACGAAAAAAAUGAAAUUGAUAACUAAAAAAUGUAAACCUGCAAUUUCCAACGAUAAAAAGCCCGAGAAUAAUACCGUUAAAGUGGGUAACUCAAAUACUGAGGCGUUAUCAGAAGCAAAUAAACAAGAAAUUCAACGAUUACACGAUAAGUGCAAGAAUCAUUGUCAACAACAUAACAAGCCAUCUCGUCCUGGUUUAAUAAAAGAUGAUGAUGCUGAUGAUUUAUUUUCCCCUUCUAAUUCAACACAAAACGAACUUGAAGAUGAAGAUUACGAAAAUUAUCCUGAUUUAAAAAAAAAUAAGGUUUCAACUCCAAAACAUAAAAGAACAAUGACCAUUGAUCAAAUUAGUCAAAGCACCCCAUUUCAUUCCACAUUAUUAAACACAAUUAAUCUGUUAAAUAUGUUAACAUCAUCAACAACCCCUAAAUAUAAAUUAAUACCAACAUCCACUCAUUCUUUUAAAAUAACAAACGCCGAUAACAUUACUACAAUGUCUCAAGAUGACGAAGAAGAAGAAUAUGACGAGGAUCAUUCUAUAACCACGUUAAAUGAGGAUGAUUUGGAUGAUGAUGAUGAGGAAGAAAAUGAAUCGACGUAUUCGAAAUUAACAUCGAAUUCGAAAUCAACGUUGAAUUCGAAAUCAACAUCGAAUUUAAAAUCAACUCCGAAUUUAAAGUCAAUAUCGAAUUCGAAAUUAAUAUCGACUUCAAAAUCAACACCGUAUUCUAAAUAUCUCAAUGACAUAAUUUCGCAGAGUAAUGAUGUCAUAGAAUCAACUCCUAAAUUAGUUCAAGAUUCCCCAUUAGAUACUAAAAUCUCCGUGUUUUCAAACUCAUCGGAAACAGAAGCAUCAAAAUCACCAUACAUUAAUAAUUUAAUUACCCCAUCACCUGAAAACAAAAUUACGGCAAAUCUAAAUGACACGAAUAAAAAACAAGUUUUGCAACAUUCAAAAAUAAACGUUGAAGAUAAUACUACAAUUGGAUCUCUCGAUGAUAAUAAAGUAACAUCGAAUAAGCACAAAUCGAAGCCAACGACGAAAAGUUUGAAUGAAAUGAUAAAGGAGGUCCAAGAUAUUCGCCAUAGAUCAGCGAGAAAAUCAACUAAUCUCGUGUUUUCAACGAGAGUUAAUAAAGGAGUUGUAACUGAUAAUGGGCGUUAUACUAUGUCUGAUUCUCCAACAUCAUCGUGUUCAUCAAAUUCACCGAAGUUAUCGCAUUCAUCGCAUUCAAGCACCCAAACAGAGAGUACUGAAGAAAUCACAACGGAAAGAACGACUUUGGAGCCUCCUUUUAGUUGGAAAAAAACUAUUUCUCCAUUUAGUACGGAAGAUGAAGGAGAAUCUGAAGAUCCAGCAAUAAAACAUAAUCCUCAAGAAAUUCAAACGUUCGAUAUAAUCACUGAGGCUUCUGAAAAUUUUAUUCAAGGUGAUUACAGCGAUUUUGUUUUAAGCGAAAAAGAUGGGCAUUAUGAAUCGAAUAAGGAAUCAACUGAAUACGAAAAAGAUGAUGAAAUAAAAGAUAACGAGUUGUUAGAAAAUGAUGUUGAGAAUCUUCAAAAUUCGCGAACAAGUAAAAGAAGCACCAACAUUAGUCAACUUUCCACCAACCCUAAAAAUAAGGAGGAAAAAGAUGGUGAAAAAAAAGGAAAGGAGACAUCGACGAAAAUCCCAGUUGGAAAUGGUAAGAUGGAAGAAAAAUUCUUAGCGGAACAUAAAGGUAAUAAUUUUAAACCAGGAGCGAAUAUAACAAUUGGAAAUUACGAAUUUAAUCAAACCGAUUGGUCGAAGAUCAUACCAGAUCUAAUGCAAACCAGUUUGAUUAGUAAUGUAUCGGAUAUUAAUGAAUUGAAUAAAAAUUUUACAUCAACAACAACUUUAACGUCAACUUUAACAUCAACUUUAACGACCCGGUUUGAAAUAACAAUCGAUUUGCCGACGUAUUUCCCGAAUUCGACGGAAAUCCUCGGUAAUUUCGAAGAUUAUUACACAACAAUACCAACAACAGUUUCCGUCUAUGAUGACGAAGAACGCGAUUUAACAAUAAAUCCAGAACAAUUUCGUUCAAUGAAGUUACAAGAUUUUUUCAAUAUUACAGAGUUCUCCACAACCACCGAGGAAACCAGCGAGGAAUUGGACCAUUCAACACUUACCGAAAAUGACGUCACUACUUAUUCAACAUUAAAAGAAAACCAAGUUAUUAAUCCAACAACGUCAAAAGAAAAUGUGGAAUUGAAAGCUACGAAAAAAGAAACUACGCUAAAAGAAAAAAUUAACGAAAAUACAAGAAAAGAAACAGGUGAUGAUUCAACUACUUUAAUUAGUUUAAAAACUAAAGGAUCUCCAAUUCUUUUAGAACCCCAAUUGAAGAAGAAACCAUUUCCAACUGGUUCUGUUGAUGUGAAUUCAAAGAAAGAAAAUAAUGAAGGGGAUGUAUCACAUACAACAAGCACAAUAAAUUCAACGGAUUCAUCAACUAAUGAAUUAUCAACUGAUUCAUCGACAAAUACACAUCAAAAUGAAUCUUUAAAUAAAUCAUCAAAUUCAACCCCUGAUUCUUCACCAACAUUACCAGAUUCAAUGAAAGGUUUGCCGAUAAAACCGAUUGAAAUCAAACAAGAAUGUAAUGCGUCAAAUUUUGGGAUUGAAAAUAAUUGCAUGUGCUCAAUCGAUAAUUUAGUAGCUGAUCUAAGGAAUAAAACGAGGGCUAAAGAGUUUCAUAAAGUCCUCGAUAAAUACCUUUGCCCUCACGCAACGUUAGAAAAAUCCGGUGUUGUUAUUGGAAAACCGGCUCAAAAAUCCGAAAAUAAAACCGAACGGAUUUCGAGAUCCCUAAAAAGUUUGGAUUUUUUAUUAAGAACCCCUAGAAAACUUAAUGACCCCGCGCUCCAUGAAGUUUUUAGUAACGAUAUUCAAUUAGAAGAUACGGACUACCACAUGUACGCAACCCCCGGUUCAAAAAUAAAAAUACCUUGUAUUGGUGGUUCUAAUAAUAAUAACAGUGACGAGAUGGCUUCUUGUGUUUGGACUUUUAGUGAUGGUGCACCAUUAACAGAAGGAAAAGUUCAAGAUAAAGAUGGUUUUUUAACGAUUGAAAAUAUAAUUCCUCAAGAUGCUGGUAAUUAUACAUGUAAAAAUGGCGGGAGAAAGUAUCCUCAUCAACUCUCGAUUGUGUCUUUAGCAAAUUAUGCGAUAACUGCUAAUAUUCUUUAUGGAUUUCCUGGAAAAUGUACGAACGAAUACUUGGAAUUAAUGUAUAGUAGUUUUCCGAUGAAAUUCGAAGAUAUGCUUUGUGGUGAAGCGAAUUCAAUAUGUUACGUGAAUGUGACUAAUAAGUGCGUGACAAAAGUCAAUGAGUUUGUGUUGGUUGCAAUGCAAGUCAUCGUAGAACCUUUAUCAGUUAUUUUACCAACAUUGGAUAUAAAUGAAUGUAAAAUAGCAUGCCAACAAAACAUUUAUGAGAAGAUUGUCUCAAUACUCUUGAAGAACGUUGAAAUUUUCGAAACAUUACCAAUAUAUUAUAGUUUAGGGGACAAGAAAUUUGAUUUAGUCCCAACACCAGCUGUAGUCAAAGAGUCACCACAAUCAGGUUCUGAUAUAACCAUGAUUCCUCAAUUAAAAGUUCAAUGUUUCCCAGGAUUUGGAUUAAUUGAAAACACUCACGUUUGCAGUGCUUGUGGUAAAAAUAUGUAUAGCACUGGUGAAAACCCGAUAUGUCUUAAAUGUCCAGCAAGGCAAUAUCAGCCGAACGAAGGUUCCAAAUCCUGCUUAACUUGCAACACUUUUUUAGAAGAUCCAGCUUGCUUACCAAUUCCCCGUAUGAUAUCACAAAGCAUCAAUAUUGCCCAAUUCAAGAUCAUUGUGGGAUCACUAAUCUGCGUCUUGGUAUUAAUAUUAUUCAUCAUCAUUUGUUGGACGUGCAGAAAAGGAACUCCAUCAAAAAAGCACAAAAGAAAACGUCGCAUAACAGAUACUUCUUCUGCAUCUUCGUGUUCAAAAUCGCUUCAGCGCCGACGAAGAUAUCGGAAUUUUGGAAAAUGUAUGGAUGUGGAAGAGGCCGUUCCGUUGUGCGCACAAAAUGUAACGUUCGAAAAAGCGAAGGGUCCUAUUCAAUCGGUGUCACUUCCGGUGACAGCGGCUUUGACCUCUUCUCUAGGUCCAAGACCGCCACCACCAGAUUUUCUAUAG